UCAGAACUUCCUGUAGGAUGCAGGAACACUUGACUUUGAGGAAACUGGAUAAGUUUUCAUUUUGAUCAGAAUGUUUAUUUUUUAACUUAAAUCUUUUAUACAGUUUUGUCUGGCUAAAUCCUGUCUCACCAUAACGUAUACACAGAAUUCAGGCUGGGCAAAAGAUGCGUGACAGAACGAAAGAACUGGGCAAUGCUGCAGAAAGCUCAGAUGAAGGUGAAGAGAACAGUCCACUCAUGAUGAAGGCGAAGACUGUGAGGGCAUCAUUGAAAGAAGGAAAGGUGGACAAUGAAGCUUUCUUUCAAAAGGUACAUGAGAUCUGGGAGGGUCUGGAGUCUCUGAAAAAGAAGGUUUCUGACCUGGAGAACAAACAGAAAAUGGUGUUGGGGGUUGCGCUGCCUGAAGAUGGUAUGAAGAAGGAUCUUCAGAUCCUAAGGGAUGAGAUCAAAACAAUAGCAAACCAAAUUCAGAAGAAACUGAAAGUUAUUGAACCUAAGAAAGAGGAGGAGGAUGGGAACUAUGUCCCUAUUAACGUAAGGAUGCAAAGAACACAGCAUGGUGUGCUGUCUCGGGAGUUUGUGGAAUUGAUGGGUCGAUGUAAUAGUAUUCAAGCUCAAUACAGAGAUCGCAAUGUGGAAAGGAUACAGAGGCAGCUCAAAAUCACGGGCACCAAUGUGACAGACGAAGAGUUGGACAGGAUGCUUGAAAGUGGACAAACUGAUGUCUUCACACAGAAUAUCCUGAGUGAUGCCAAAGCCACUAAACAGGCCCUGAAUGAGAUUGAGUCUCGACAUGAUGAGAUCCUUAAACUCGAGAGAAGCAUCAGAGAACUCCAUGAUAUGUUCCAGUACCUUGCCAUGGAGGUAGAGGCACAGGGGGAGAUGGUGGACCGCAUUGAAGCCAAUAUCAUGAACUCUUCCAACUAUGUGGAGAAAGCUGUAGCAGACACCCAGCAAGCUGCUAUCUACCAAAAUAAAGCCCGCAAGAAAAAGUUGUGGAUUGCACUUUGCUGCUUCAUUCUCCUGAUCAUCGUGGCCAUUACCCUGGCUGUCUCCUUCUCUUGAGAUGUGAGUUCACUUUUUUGCCCACCAACUGGACAAACAGAAAAGUUUUAAAAUUGAUUUUAUCCCAGGCUCUGGCCAUUUAUAUAUUUCAUCAUACUCAAGCAUAUCUGAUAAAUCUCU